GAUUGUGAAAUUGGAGUCGUUAGGAUGGAAUGGUUUCUCAUAAUUUGUGCGCUAUUAACCGUAGUUGUUGCACAAGAUCCUACAAUAACUUGUAACUACUUCCUCUAUGACGAGGACGAUGUCAACACCUAUAGUUGCGAUCUUACUAUCAACAAUCCGACUGGUUUUAACGACUUCACACAAAUCGGCGGCAUUCAUUUGGAAGGAUUUACAAAUUCUGACGUAAAAAUCGUUGGCCAACCAUUGGGAGGAACGAGCGUAACUUCAGUUGUACCUCACAUAAUUUGUGCCACAUUUCCAAAUGUCUAUCGAAUCGCAUUGAUUGAUUUCCAGCUGGGUAGAAUCGAUGAUGAUUCUUUUACUGGUUGUGAACGGGCCACGGAGCUUAGUUUAUUAUCAAAUGCCAUCACUUCAAUAUCUGCGAAUGCUUUCGCGAAUCUACCUGAUCUUACUUACAUAAAUUUGGAUCUAAAUUUACUCACCUCGUUGCCGGAAAAUGUAUUUGCGAGUCAAAGAGACUUAACGUAUUUGAGCUUAGGCUCUAACCUGUUCGAAGAUUUUUCGGCUAGUCUUUUCCGACCACUUGAAAAUCUUGAAAAUCUUUACCUCGGUUCGAACAGACUAAGUGCAAUCGGCAAUCAAUGGUUUUCAACGAUGACGAAUUUGAAUUAUUUAUAUCUCGGAUCUAACCAGAUCUCUACAUUGUCGCCAGAGAGUUUUGUUGGAUUGGAACAGUUACGUAAUCUCAAUUUGGCAUAUAACGCAAUCAAUGGCAUUAAUAGUGGCACAUUCGCGCCGCUGCAAAAUCUGGCCUAUUUGGUUCUCUAUAACAACGCUUUGACUGAACUUCAUGCGGAUGGAUUCAUUGGUCUCGAAACAUUGGGAACUCUUGAUAUUAGUGACAAUCCAAUUGGUACCAUUCAUCAAGGAGCUUUUCGAGGACUUGGAAACCUUGCUACGUUAACUAUGGCUAGAUGUAGUCUACGUCAACUUCAUAUGAACAAUUUUGAGGAUUUGGGAAAUUUAACAACACUUUCCCUGUAUCAAAAUGAAAUUGAAGAACUUCCAUCUGGUGUCUUCGUACCAAUACCGAAUUUGAAUACACUCUAUUUGGGUUAUAAUCGUUUGAAGACGGUACGCAGAAACAGUUUCGGAACAUUAACCGCGUUAGAGACGUUUGAGUUACAAGAAAACGUUGUGAAUGCAUUAGAAAGAUCGAUCAUUGAUGAUGCUGUAAACUUGGAUACGCUCUAUUUCUCACGCAACAUUUGUGCGAACAAUUACUUCUAUAAUUUUCGAAUCAGCAGAGCAGUGUUUUUGACGAUGCUGGGAAGAUGUUUCACGAAUUUAGGAUAUCUUAUUGAUACCGUAACUGAAGGCGAUGACGAUUAUUCAUUCUUUGAUGCUCGACUGCCUGGAAUAUUCUUUCGCGUAACUGCUGACAGUGAAAUUCACAUUGCUCUCACUCCUUUCGACUUCGCCUGGACUCCAAUAAUUGAAAUAUUCAUUGGCACAGCAAAUAACACAAGAUCUGCAAUUCGAGUGAAUGAAGACACAUUUGUCGUUACGGUUCCAACGGCGAAUAUCAUCCGACGCAAUCAAGCGAAUGAUUUCCGAAUUUCAUGGGUAAACCACAAUGUGCUCGUUUUUAGCGGCAACGACUUCUACCCAUUCAUGGGCUUCACAAUGGAAGACUUCUAUCCGGUAGACUUUAUUGGCUUAAAAGCUGUUGAAAGCCGGGCUACAUGGACUGUACAACCGAUUGAUUGGUAAUCAUUGAGUUUAUCGAAGGAUCAACGCAGCUUCUUUGAAAACGUUGCAAAGUCAUGAAGUUUGUUUUAAGAUGAUUUUAUUCAAUAAACAGCCACUUACAGUGCCAUAAAAGUAUAAUUGAAA